AAACGAAUAGAUAAAAGAAAAACGCGUUUAAACGACAAAAAGAAACGCGUUGGUUUUGAAACCUUUAACGCGUUUUUUGGUCGUUAAAAACGAAAAAAAACCGCGUUUUUUUGUCAAUUUUUUUACCCCUGGGCUAUCUGUGUCGUGAGCAAAUCAAAAUCCCACUGUGGAUAAUCUGAUUUCAUUUCACUUCAUUUUUUUCGAAUGCCUUUAACAACAAUAUUAUCGUCGUUUUUAAUUUCACUGCAUUGAUAUAAACUAGCUUUAUUUGUUAGUUCACUUGAACAUGGACGUAGACAGUGUCUACGUCCAUGUGAUGCAUACCAUAGUCUAGUUCUGUCUCCAGGUAAAGUUGUAUAGUUCAAUUAUUUUUCGUAAUCUCUGUGCAAUAUCAGCAAGAAUAGCUUUUGUUCAGCAGUGCAUCAUUCAAAUUUUUGUUUCUUCCCACAGCACCGGUGGUUCGCUUUGACACUGUGUGUCCUAAAUUUUAGGUACUAUAGAUAAUAAACACAGUUGUAGUACAGGUCAUCAACUACGUGCAUUUGCUGGUACCAAACUUGAACUAACAAAUAAAGCUAGUUUAUAUCAAUGCAGUGAAAUUAAAAACGACAAUAAUAUUGUUGUUAAAGGCAUUCGAAAAAAAUGAAGUGAAAUGAAAUCAGAUUAUCCACAGUGGGAUUUUGAUUUUCUCACGACACAGAUAGAAUCUGAUAGACUUAAAAGUAAAUUUCUCUAUGUCUAGGGAAAGAUCGGUGGACGAUUCUGUGAUAGAUUUCAAAUGGAAUUUAUUCAAAUGAAUACACCACGGUCUAGAAUUGAAUCUUAUCAUUAUACUUUACUAUUAGACGCUUCAGGUUCUGUGAGAGAAGAAUGGUGGAAUAAUUUAAUUGCUGGUGUUAAAGCUUUACGGCAGUCCCACGUUGUUUUGCCUAAUGUGACGAUAAGAGAUGUGGAUGUAACAAAAAUUAAAUGCAGCGCAGGUAGAACAAAUUUUGAAUUAGCGUUUCAAUUGGUCAUUAAUACCUUAGAAAGUGUUCAACAACAACCACAGAUCCCUACAUCAAAUCUAGAAUAUAUAAUGGUGUUUAUGAGUGAUGGUGAAGCAACUUGUCCUGAAACUGAGUUGAAUCGUUUACAAGCAAUGAACGAUGUACAUAUCAAAGAAUUUUGGAUCGUAAAUGAACAGAAAAUAGGUGUCUUAAAACGGAUAAAUAUAAUAAUGAGUGGUACUUUCAAACAAUUAAAAGAUCCUGCUGAAUUAAUCCAAGUGUAUGCAGAAAUUGCACAAGGAUAA